UCGAGGGCGGUCGGGAGCCAAAGCGGAAGCAGGAAGUUGACGUUUAACGUGCGAAAUUCAAAUUGGGUCUGACAAAACAUUCCAAGCUGGCAGUAACCAUUUAGCAUUUUUGUUUUACACAUCGCCUCAUAUUCUGGUGACGGGAAGAAACGUCAUUGCUACAAACGUGAGCUUUUUCCUAACUCGGCUGAAGCAGGCAGAAUGCCCGUGGAGAGGACCGAGCCCCGCGGGGCCGAAGAGCUUCACAAGUACUACGAGGUUUAUGAGACUAUCGGCUCAGGGGGAUUCGCUAAAGUGAAGCUGGGUCGUCACAAACUAACAGGAGAGAAAGUGGCCAUUAAGAUCAUGAACAAGAAGGAUCUUGCGGAAGAUCUUCCUCGAGUGAAGGUGGAGAUCGAGGCAAUGAAGAACCUCAGUCAUCAGCACAUCUGCCGUCUCUACCAAGUCAUUGAGUCCCCCACACAGAUCUUCAUGAUACUUGAGUACUGUCCAGGAGGGGAGUUGUUUGACUACAUUAUAGCCAAGGACCGGCUGUCAGAAGAGGAGACAAGAGUGUUUUUCAGACAAAUUGUGUCUGCAAUGGCCUACGCUCACAGCCAGGGUUACGCACACAGGGACCUUAAACCGGAGAACCUGUUGAUAGAUGGAGACCACAACUUGAAGCUCAUAGAUUUUGGCUUAUGUGCCAAACCGAAGGGAGGCCUUGGUUAUGAGUUGAUGACGUGUUGUGGAAGUCCAGCUUAUGCUGCUCCUGAGCUCAUCCAGGGAAAAGCUUAUAUUGGCUCAGAGGCUGACGUGUGGAGUAUGGGCGUGCUGCUGUUCGCUCUGCUAUGUGGUUAUCUGCCCUUUGAUGAUGACAGCUGCGUGGUGCUCUAUAGGAAAAUUACUAGAGGAAAGUAUGAUAACCCCUCAUGGCUAUCCCCAGGAAGCAUCCUCCUGCUCAACCAAAUGAUGCAGGUGGACCCCAAGUUGCGCCUGGAAGUGCAGCAGCUACUUGAGCAUCCUUGGGUAAUGAAAGACCACAACAGCCCUGUGGAGUGGUGCAGCAGGCAGCCGCUGGGUCACAUAGACGAGGACUGCAUCACUGAAAUGGCAGUCAAUAUGAAGCGUUCCAGAGAAAGCACCACAGCUCUUGUAAAAGAGUGGCACUACGACCACAUCACAGCCACAUACUUGCUACUGCUGUCAAAGAAGCAGAGAGGCAAGCCAGUGCGCCUCCACGUGGAGCCCCACAUCACAGAGGAUGCCUGCUCUCCACUACAUGGCCGAUUACAGGCUAAUAAAUCUCUUCAUUUUGUCGACGACGACGAAGCUGUAAUUUUGGAUUCGUUGGAUCUUUGCUCAGACUACAUCGAUGAUUGCCCGUGGGUACCCGUCUCACGUCAUACACCUCAAGGGGUGCGUGAAAGGACAAUACGAAUUAUGGACGACAAGAGGAUGGCAUCGCCGGUAGAGAAACGAUAUGGUCGAAGCCCGCCGCCUGACAGAGGUCAAGUGACAGGCCAGCACCACCAAGAGAGGAGGCGCAAAGAGCAGCAACAAGCCAGUGAGAACAAAGAGAAUGUAGCUCAGCAGGAGAAAGCGGUGGAGAUCUUUGCACAGCCUCCACCUCGCACUCCUUCCUCCAACAAGAACACACGCCCCAAGAACGUGUUGACCACACCCAAUCAAAAUGUGUCCAGUGGUACUAGAAGCACACCAAAAGCUGAAGGCAGUGGUUCUAAGGAGCCUCAUAAGAGGAGAGUAGCAGAGAGCAAAGAGUCCACCAACAUCGAGAUCCUCGCCUUUAGUCCUGAAAGAAGGUCUCGUUCUUUGGACAUGGCCGGCAGCGGAGACAGCGGAAAGAAGCGAAGGGGAGGCCGAGUGUUUGGCUCCCUGGAGAGGGGCCUGGACAAGGUGAUCACCAUGCUCACCCCCAGCAAGAGACGAGCGUUGCGAGACAACCCGCGCAAGAUCAAGGCCCAGUACAACGUGACCCUGACGGGGCAGACCAACCCGGACCAGGUGCUGAACCAGAUUCUCUCCGUCCUGCCUGAGAAAAAUGUUGACUUCAGACAGAAAGGCUAUACGGUGAAGUGCAGGACCUGGGAUGACUUUGGCAAGGUGACCAUGGCCUUUGAGCUAGAGGUGUGCCUGCUGCACAGGCCGGAAGUGGUCGGCGUGCGACGUCAGCGACUAAAAGGAGAUGCUUGGGUCUACAAGCACCUGGUGGAGGACAUCCUGUCCACAUCCAGCAUCUGAGCUUUACAAGUCACUGAUUUUUAAUACCAGCAAGCCUCAAAACUACCAUGACACAUUACAUUACCAUUACAUCAUGUACAGUCAAUUCUCCCCCCAUAUCAAAAUUUUGUUUGAUUUCUUGUCAGUUCACAAACAAAUCAUGUAUAAACUGUAUUUAAUGUACAGAUUUUUAAUCUGGAUAUAGGAAUGUUUUGACCUCUAAAUCUGGUUGAUUUUGUCGCAUAAAGCACAACUUAGUUGUCUUUUUUUAAAAUGUGUGUUUACAACGAUGUUUGUUUUGUAAAUCGAUGUUUGUCUGGCAUGUUUGUGACAAUGUAAAGGGAGCAAAAUAAAUGGUUUCUGCAUCUAAA